AUGGCGAAGAUAUUCCCAGCAGACAGUCCGUUGUGCAAUCUCUUUAGCACUGCGCCAAAGAAGCCGACCCAAAAUGUCUUCGCAUCGCCAGAAUCGCCUCCCAAAACGAUCAUGGACUAUCCCCAGCCUUGUGUCAGUCCCUACGCAAGCCCUGUCAACCACAUCACAAUCGGCCGUACCACCUACGCCAUACCCGAAUACUACGUCCUCAAAAUCCCGAACUUGAAAUUCGCCUACAUGAAGGAAUUCGCCCUCGAAGAAAUGUACGCCGACAUUGGACAUACCUUCAUCCACUAUCUCUACACUGGCGAGUAUCAAACCCUCGCCGCGUCUCCCAGCGUUCCUCCCUCCAAAUCCCGAGCUCGGGAAUUCAAACGCAGCGUGUACGCCUUCCACAUGGCUCAGCGACACCAGAUCCAGGGCCUGUUGGACCACGCAAAGCGCUACAUGUAUACCUUUGUUGACUCCGUGUCAACACUGGAACUACUCAAGAUUGCCCGCGAGGUUUAUGCUACUAUGUUCACUGGUAGAAAGUGGUUUGAGGAUUUCAUGCAUGAUCAACUUGCCGCGGCAUUCAAAGCUGGCGAAGAACAGUUCAGAAUCGAUAUUCUGAAGUACGGGGUGGGAAGCGAUGCAAAGUUCGAUCAGUUCAUCUUGGAACUCGUCAUGAAGAUCUACUCCGGGAGCAUUGCCAACUUGACCAAGGCGGCUGCCAACGGGUCAGCAUCCGGCCAUAAUUCCAAGUCUCCAUCUCCCGCUCCAGCUUCACCUCCUCCAUUCACCUUCCGGUCGCCGCAGCCAGUGAGGCAUCAAAGCUUUACACCGGAACCAGCUUCACCCAAGACACAGCUAAAGUCAGAGCUGGAGCCCAAGCCAAGGGAGCCUUCAAAGCCUGCGAUAUCUCCAAAGCCUGUUCCGGAAACAACGGCCCAUCCGGAGAAGCCGACGCAGACAGGGAAAGUCCCAUUCGACAAGCCAGAGCCGAGUCCAAAAUUCAACCCACGAAGCGGAGCGCAGACACCAGAGAGUGCUCCCGGCGAUAACAAUUCCAGCCCCCGCAAGAAGUCAAAAAAGAAGAGAGGAGGGAAGAACAAGAAUGGAAACUCAAACGCAUCACCGAACCCAGUCAAUGGCACACCCAAGAAAUGGGAACCAAAGACGACGCCAGAAUCAAUUUCGUUCAUUUAG